AUGCACGCCGAAGUAUCCUCUGCCGCUUCGCACCUCAGUACCCUCCUCCGCACUCGCCCUUCCUCCCCUCGACGUCUAGAAGAGUUCAAGACGGUCCUAGGCGAAUCUCUGGAAGCUCGCUACUCCCGCCACACCUGGACUUCCUCUGACCCAGAAGCCGGCAGCGCAGCAAGGGCACUCCACUGGCAACCUGGCCCAGGUGGUGAAGGUUGUUCCAGUCCCUUGUCCAAGGCCUGUGAGAAGCUUGGAGUGGCCUUUGGAGAAAAGGAAGAGUGGACACUGUGGAUUGACCCUGGCUGUGUGGCCAUCCGAGAUGGACCUGGACCUGGUAGGGUCAGCGCUUCCACCUCAUCGUCUUCGAUCUCUGGAUCAGGAACCUCCUUCACUCCCACUCGAGGUGGACGGGUGCAGCAUGAAGGAUCCAUUCGAGUCCUCUACGGCACCAUGCCACGUUCCAAUGCUCCUCGCACUGCCUAUGCCUCGGCAUCCCUCUUCCCUGCUUCUCGAUCCAACGACUUUGCCCUUCCUUCACCUACGAGCCGAGCUGCCAUCAUUCGCAGACCGGGUGCCGUCAUGAGUUCCUCCGCUCAAGUCCCAUCGGUCAAUGUCUGCCCUUCAACUCCAGGAGCAGUAGCCACUGCCCAAUACCAGCCAGUCCACGUCAAUGUCAACGCUUCAUGGUGUCGAGAUGCAGGUGCUCCCAGUCUGGGCUACCAGCUCGCCUCGAUUCGACGUCAGCCCUCGUCCCGACCUUCAUCUGGCGACUCUAACCGCUCCUCGUCCUCCAGCACCAACAGCAGUCGAAGUGACUCCAAUGGAUCUACUGCUUACAGUGCCCUCUCCCUGAGUGGCCUUCAGUCACUCGACGGAGCUUCUUCUGCUGGCACUUCCAUCCCAGCUACUUCCCCUAUGCCCUCGACUAUGAGCUGGGAGAAGUGUGACAGCGACGCUGCAGGACCACAGGACGGACAGACGUCACCGCCUGCCACUACUGCCUUUUCGACCCGCGACUUUGACGCGGUCAAUGACUUGGACCUGCACGGACUAGGUCUUGACGACGUAGCCUUUGAAGAUGAAGUCGGUCCAGAGGACGCCAUCUCUGCUGCUGGCGAUGCUGUAGACGAGGUAGAGGACGAACGCCACGACGAAGGUGAUGACACUCUGCGCCCCCUUGAUGGUGAAGACGCUGCAGACACUACCGUCGGAGCCGUUGCCAUUCCACUCAUCAAGCCCUCUCAGUCGCGGGCUUCCAUCAGCAGCCAUGCCCGCACACGCUCCACGGCCUCUACUGCUUCCUCUGGCAGUGUAACCUCUUUCGACAAUGGCAACGUCAAGGUCCUUGGCGGUGGAGUCAAAUUGGGCGGUAGCUCGAGUUCUAGCACUACCAGUCGAGCAGGCAGAUCAAGAGCGCACAGCAAUGCCUCGAAUGGAUCUGGGUACAGUGGAAGUGGUGGGUAUGGUCAUCAUGGCCAGCAACACCAGCAGCAGCAGCAGCAAAUGUACCCUCAGGCAGGCUCGGCCUUCACUAGGACUCAUGUCAAGAACAGGAGCAGCGUGAAUGUCAAUGCUCGCACUGGUGGAUGGGCUGCUCAGCAGCAGCAGCAGCAGCAGCAGCACUUCCUACAACAGCAGCAGCAGAAUGGACUGGGUCUGUCUGGCAUGGACCCACUCUCCGCUGCUGCCGCUGCCUCUGCCAGCUACAGCUACGAAGAGGCUCAGCGUCGAAGCAACGCCAAUGCCCUUGCCCAGCGGCUGGAGGACGCUCGAUACUUCCAACAGCAGCCUCAGCAGCAGCAGCAGCCUCAGUGGUCCGCAGUCCCACCUCCUUUCAUCAGGACCAUGAGCUACCCGCCUCCUAUGCACGCUGAGCCACUCACGGUCCUUCCUCUAGCCAAGAGACGCAACCUUGCUCCUCCGCUCCCCACCCUCGGAUUGCCUGGCGCCCAACACCCCGCCCCAUUGCGGAGCACCCGCUCGAGUGGGUCGCUGAAGACACAAGCGGUCCGCUCUCCUUAUGCAGCUGGCCCAGGAGCUGGAGCUGGAGCUGGGACUGGAUCUGCCCUCCCAUCGCCUGCACUGCAAGGCUUCCUCUCGAGGUCCGAGAGCGCUUCCUAUCCUCUGCGGCAGCAACGCUCUUCCUCCUCUGCCGCCACUUCUUCAACAGGUGAGGAAGAAGAAGAAGAAGGAGAAGAAGAUGAAGACGACGAGGUUGCCUCUGGUUCCGGAUCCGGAGAAGGAGACGAUUCUCUUUCUGGUGGAGCCUCACUCCUUGGCAGUGGUGGUGGUGCUGGAGCCAGCACUUCAAAGCGCACUAGAACUCGAGGAAGGCGUACGAGAGGAAGAGGUACAGGAAGAGCAGCUAGGCGCGCUGCUGCUGGUCUCUCCUUUGCCGGUACUAGUGCUGGUGCUGGUGCUGGUGUGUCACCCCUGCCUUCGCCUCCUGUUCCCGUCCUUGGUCUUGGCCUGGGCCUGCCACAGACUGGGAUAUUGGGUGGGGCUGUAGUGCCGGGGAAGAAUGGACUACCUUCACCACCCAUCUUUCAUCAAAGCCAGCAGCAGCAAGGAGGACAGAUCUUCUAUCCUCAGCACCAGCACCAGCAGCACCAGCAGCACCAGCAGGGUACUACCCUCGCAGGGAUGAGAAUGGCUACAGCUCCCCCUGUCCCGCACUCUCACCCUGUCCAGUACCAGCAGCAAGCUCAGCGUCCCCACGCACACGCACACGCACAGGCUCACGCACAGGGGCAUCCCAUGCAUGCUUCCCUCCCACCGAUCCCCACAUCCGCUCAUGGGUUUGCGCAUAGAGGGCCUGUGCAGCUAGGCAUGGGAAUGGGUGGAGGGAUGGGGAUGGGGAUGGGUGGAGGGAUGCAGAACUGGUAG